AUGGCUUCGAAUGCAAUAGAAACAGAAUCGAUCUCCCGUUCCAAAAGUGCACCAGCUGGAACAUCUCGUCCAACGCUGACUUUAAGAAAUGAGGCAAUCAGUGCGCAUUCCAGCUUUCAAUCUGUCGAACCUUUAGUUACACCAACGCGCCGAACACAAAAGAUUCCGACGUUCUUUCCAUGGUCUAUCUUUAAUCUUUUAUUUGUACCUUUUGGUAUUCUAUGCUGUUACUUUUCACACAGAGUGAGUCAAUUCAAAAUACAAAAUCGACAUGACGCAGCCGUUCUAUGGUCAAAGCGUACAUUUGUGGUCAAUAUUAUUACAACAUUACUGAUGAUUGGUGUGAUUAUAACUGUUGUGAUGUUACAUUAUGACUAUGAGCAGCGAAAUGAAGAAACUGUUGGUAAUCAAACACGAACGACAGGUUCUUAUAUUCCAUGGCAGCCGGGACGUUAA